AGCACUGAUGAUUGAAACGUCAAUUUCAUCGGUGUAAUUUGUUUACUAUUUUCCCGUUUUUGUUUUCAACCUGAUUAUUACCUUUAUUAUGCUGGUGAUGACUAAAUACAUGGUGUAACAAUAUAUCUUGCCACUGUUCUCAUUCCAUUUUCGAAAAUGAAUAGUGAAAAACCAGAAACAGACUCGGAUGCUCCAGAAAUGCCCGAUGGUGAAGAAGUACUGUCGCAAGCGGAAAGUCAAGAAAGUAUCGACGCUGGUAAUUCUGAUGAGUCGUUUCAAAGUCAAGAAUUCCUUCAAAGAAAACUAUACUUUCUAUUAGAACAUCUGAAGAAAAUGCACUCAACUUUACCAGAACAAUACCAAAUAAGAGUGUCCUAUGAAUUGCUGGCUGGAUUGGCAAAUUCCUUACUGAACGAUACAAUAUUCGAGAUUGUGAAAGGACUGAUGGAAAUCCAACAUGUGACGGAAAAGCAUUUGAUGCAGGUUAGAGAGAAAGUAGAAAAUGAUCAUCAACUGGAAGUAAAGCAAUGGGAAUCUAAAAUUCAGGACCCCGAAGAACUAGAACAUAUUAUUGCACUGAUGAAAAUUAAACACACCAAAAACAUGAAGGAAACUGAUAUGAAACUCGUGCUGCAUCUUGAUCAGAAAGUAAAAGACCAGCAAUCGACUCUAGAGAAAGCCGGAGUUCCAGGGUUCUAUGUCACAGAAAACCCGAAAGAAAUAAAAAUUCAGAUGUAUUUAUUAGACUUCAUUCUACGGUUAAGUCGGAUGAAAUUUGAGCCCAACAAAUAACAUCAGGUGUCAGCUGUCGAUGAGACAGCGUUUAACGACUGACAUUUCAAAUAGAAAUAGCACGAUAUUUUUUAUAAGAAAGCGGAUUACUUAUAGUAGCAAAAGCGAUGCGACAAUAUAAUUUCAGGAGAAAUCGGCGUAGUUAAUAUUCUCCUCUAAUAAAUUUUGAAGAUAAAAUGAAUUAACUA